AUGGCCGCCUUGCAGAAAGUGGAUGUAUACGUCCUUCCUACCGGCUAUCUCUGGCUGCCUGACCGCUGGAUCUUUUCCGAUGGCAAGCCAGGGCUCCGUCAUCUGUCACCAGACUAUAGUUUUCUGAUAUGUCACCCGUCUGGCAAGAAGGUACUGUUUGAUCUGGGUAUGCGAAAGGACCUGGAAAGAAAUCCGAGAGUGAUCCGGGAGGACUAUUCAGUGAUCGAGCCAUACGUUCCAAAAGAUGCCCAUGACUUGCUCGCAGAUGGGCCUGUCCACCCCGACCAGGUCGAAAUUGUGGUACUGAGCCACUUGCAUUUCGAUCAUUCGGGAGACGUGGAACGGUUUCCCCGCGCUCGAAUCAUGGUGGGCCCCGGGACCCGAGACUGUAUCCAGCCAGGCUAUCCCAUGGCUGAUGGCUCGCCGUUCGACGGCUCGGUUCUUGCGCACGACGGGUUCACCGAACUGAAGAAGUCAGAUUACCAGAAGUUCAAGCCAGGGUCAGUGCCAUCCGGCUUUUCUUUUGACGAAGGUGUCGAUCUCUUCGGCGACGGAUCUCUCCUCAUCCUGGAUGCUCCUGGUCACAUGCCUGGCCACCAAAUGGCACUCGCGCACACCGGUGAAGACGAAUGGGUCGCUAUGGGAGGUGACUGUUGUCAUCACAGGAACCUGCUGGACGACCCUACUCGUGAUAUUAGCGUCGACGUGGGUCCUAACGGGCAGCCAGGGUUCCACAAAGACCCAGUCAGCGCGCGAGAGACGAUCCGCAAGACUCAGUCGUUACACUCGAGCGAGAGCGUGUUCGUUGCGCUGGCACACGAUGCCCAGGUGGACGGAAUCAUUCCGUUGUACCCUCAGCCGCUGAAUGGUUGGCGGGCAAACGGCCUCAAAUCGAAGGUGCGGUCGGAAGCUUUGACAUUAGCAGAGGUCGAGGGGAGAUAUCGCGAUUAG